CUCCAAGGCUGACUACGACUUUCUAACCUGGUACUUCAUAGCACUUUUCAUAGUGGGUAUCCCACUCCCAAGUCUUUGGACUUGGGAAAAUCUAACCGCCUUUCCUUGACCGUCUCUCUGGCUGCUUACGCGGCGCCCUCAGCUCACGCAACAUUAGGAGCGCAACCUACACACUAGUUUUAACGCGCGAAUCUCAUUACGACUCUCCUGGUCGCUGGUGGCGCGGUACUCUUCUGGCGGCGCGGGCGUGGGAUGGCGAACAUGGAGAUGGUGCUGCCCACUUCUCCCAGCCCCUCGUCGCCGUCCAGCAGUGGCAGCGCGGACGAGCUCGCGUCGCUGCUCGAGGCGGAGCUCGAGGACGUGCGAGUCGCGGAGGGAGAAGAGGGGGAAGAUGGGGAAGAGGGGGAAGAGGGGGAAGAGGGGGAAGAGGGGGAAGAGGGGGAAGAGGGGGAAGAGGGGGACGAGGGGGACGAGAGCGCGCAGGAGGAGAGAGCGGCAGCCGAUGCGGUUAACGAUAAAGAAGCGGGUUACGACUUAACUGACGGGAACGACAGAAUUGAGGACGAGGCGAUGCGGGAACAGCCGGCAGCAGGUGGUGAUGAUUCAGCAGGGGAUGCGACGGCGGAGGCGGGCGAAUUGCGGAAAGCGCUCGACGAGGACGGCGGCGGGAAGCGGCGGCGGAUGGGCGGCGGCAGCACGAGCGGGGAGGAGGCGGGCGCAGCAGUGGGCGCAGGGGGGAAUUCUGGGCACUCACUUGACCGCGGACGAGGCGCAAGUGCCGCCGGCGAUGGGCGGGGGAGUGGCGGAAAAGGGGAAAAGGACCGCAACAGCAGCGGAUGCCCCCCUCAUCCGGGGUUUAUGUGGGGCGUGUGCAUCCGCUGCGGUAUACUCAAGGAGCGCGCGGAGGCUGACGGGGAAGGGGGGGGGGAAGGGGGCGCGGGGAGCGCACGCGCAGGGGGAAGUGGGGGCGCGGCGGUGGGGGGCGAGGCUGGUGGUGACGGGGGCAGGGAGAAGGCGAAGGCUGCCGCGGCUGAUGCGGCUGGAGGUGUAGCGCUUCGCUACAUUCACCAUGCUCUGGAGGUGUCAGCGCAGGAGGCGGUGCGCAUGGUGGGCCAGGAGCGCGCGCGCAUGAUGCGGCGGCGGCGGCUGUACCUGGUGCUGGACCUGGACCACACGCUGCUCAACUCCGCACGCGACAUCGACGUGCCGCCCGCGCACGAGGCAUACCUCGCUGCCGCCUACACCAUCGGAGGCGUGCCGCCUGCCUCGCCUCGACCGCCCCUGGCCGCGUCACUACCUGCUGCUCCUGCUGCUCCUGCUGCUCCUGCUGUUGUUGCUGCUGCUGCUGCUGCGGCCUCUUCUCCUGCUCCUCCUGCUGCUGCUGUUCCUUCAGCUGCUGCUGCCGCUGCUGGUGGCGAAAGUGGUGCUGCGUCUGCGCGUUCUGCUGAGGCCACCGCCUCGGAAGCUCCCACUCCCAGUGCUGCUGCAGGGGAGCAGCAAGCAGGAGAGCCGGCAGCAGGUGGGGAGGGGGUUGGUGUGGAGGCGGUAAAGGAGGACAGGGAGAGGGAUAUGGAGCAUGGCACAGUCACAGGCGACUCACCUGUGGGGGCUGCCAACUCAGGGACUGCCCCCGCCCCUGCCCCCGCCCCUGCCCCCGCCCCUGCCCCUGCCCCUGCCCCUGCCCCUGCCCCUGCCCCUGCCCCUGCCCCUGCCCCUGCCCCUGCCCCUGCCCCUGCCACUGCGAUGGCUGCUGCUGACUCCUCCGUGGCUGCCACCCCUCCCCCCCCCAUCACGCUCUUCCGCCUGCCGCACAUCCGCAUGUGGACAAAGCUGCGCCCAGGAGUGGCGUCGUUCCUGCAGCGCGCGCACGACCUGUUCGACCUGAUCGUGUACACCAACGGCGAGAGGGCGUACGCGCACGCCAUGGCGGCGCUGCUGGACCCGUCGGGGCGGCUGUUUGGCGGGCGCGUGAUCUCGCACGGCGACAGCACGGUGCGCGGCAUGAAGGACCUGGACGUGGUGCUGGGCGCCGACAGCAUGGUGCUCAUUCUCGACGACUCCGAAGUGGUGUGGCCGAAGCACCGGCACAACCUGCUGUUAGUGGAGCGGUACCACUUCUUCGCCAGCAGCCGCCACCACUUCCUGCUGCCGGGCCCCUCGCUGCUCGAGACCCACGUGGACGAGGCGGACUCAGGCGGGCUGCUGGACACGCUCUGGACGCCGCUCUCCCACACGCACCACCGCUUCUUCCAGCAGGUGGAUCAAGGGCGGGCCUCAGCAGAUGUGAGACAGAUCCUGGCGCAGGAGCGGGCCACUAUUCUAUCUGGGUGCCACCUUGUCUUCAGCCGCGUCUUCCCCACUGACGCCUCCCGCCCGCAAACGCACCCGCUCUGGCGCAUGGCCGAAUCCAUGGGCGCCACGUGUCACACCCAGAUUGGCCCCCAGAUCACGCACGUCGUGGCGCUGGACUGCGGCACGGAUAAGGCCAUCUGGGCUGUGGCGCAGAAGCGCCACCUGGUGCAUCCCGGUUGGCUGGAGGCCUCGCUGUUGGUGUGGAAGCGGGCAGAAGAAAAUAAGUUUCCUGUUGACUGGGGUAAGGGACGGGCAGGGUGGUGCCCAAGCACUCAAGUGGUUGCCACUGUGUCUAUGCCAGCCAAGGCUGCUGCUGCUGCUGCGGGGGAAGGAGGGGUGGCAGAUAGUGGAAAGGCCAAGGAUGGGAGGGGCGCAGUAGAGGAGGGUUCGGCAGCUGCAGGUGCAGGGGAGAGUGCGAGUGGUGCGGACGAUACAAGUGUGAGGAGAGGGGAUCCGGAAGCAGUGGUUGGGGGUGCAGAUGCGGCUGGCAAGCAGAAGUAGGCCAGCAAUUGGAUGCAAUGGUGGGGGGAAACGAUGUGCCAUAGCAUUUCGCAUGGGUGAUAGGUGGGGCUAACCUCUAGGUUUUUCUUCCAGGCUGUUUAGGCUGUGGCCCUGACUCUGAGUCAUGAUGGCUCUGACUCGGGACAUCUAGGCCAUCCAAGGGAGGGAAAAGUUGGCACUUCCAAUGCUCUGUAGCCUGGCUUGGUCUUGCUAUGAGCCCAUGGAGGUGCCCCUCGGAAACUACACCUUCAGUCGAUAGUUUGAUACCAGGUGCAAAGCUGGACCAGCGUCUAAGACCACCCAGUAAG